AUUUAAAACAUAGCCGAACAUCCUGUAUUCCUGUGACGAGAAAAAACAAAAAGAGGCUGACAAAGAAUCUAUCAGGAAUAUUAUCACUAUUACCCGCCUCUCUUUACAUACGAAUGUUAAUAACUAACUUACCGUUCCCCCUGUUAAAAACCCCGCCAACUCUUACACAGUUACAAAUUGUCAAAUUCCAUAACUAAUGCAUACUUCCUCCACCGCCGCCCCCGCAUCUCCGCCCUCCGUCGACGACAGCUCCAUCAUCACAAUCCCCAACACACCUCCACACACUCCCCCGCGCCGCCGCUCCAACUUCCUUACCUUUCUUGCUCGCCACCCAAAAUUGCUACCGCUCAUAUUAUCAAUAUCCAUAGGCCUCCUUGUCCGUUUCGCAGUCCCAAAACCUUCGCGCGUGACAACACAAGCAUGGCAGCUUCUCGCAAUUUUCCUCACGACAAUCUCGGGGCUCAUCUUCAGUCCAUUGCCGGUGGGCGCAUGGGCGUUGGCCUGCUUGACACUCGUCAUCGUCACUGACACACUCUCGUUCGCGGAGGCGUUCAUCGCCUUCACGAACGAGGUGAUAUGGUUGAUCGUGGCCUCGUUUUUUUUCUCCAGAGGGUUUGUGAAAACAGGGCUGGGGGACAGGAUUGCAAUGUAUUUCGUCAAGUGGCUAGGGAAGAGUACGCUGGGUUUGGCCUAUGGAUUGGCGUUGAGUGAAGCCAUGAUUGCUCCGGCCAUGCCUAGUACCACCGCGAGAGCGGGCGGGAUAUUUCUGCCCAUUAUAAACUCGCUGUCGAUGUCUUCUGAUAGUUUUCCUAAAGAUCAUUCGUCUAAGAAACUUGGGGCCUUUCUUGUCCACUCACAGUUUCAGUCAUCAAGUAGCUCAAGUGCUCUGUUCCUGACCGCUGCAGCCCAAAACCUGUUGUGUAUCAAAUUUGCUGAGAGUCUUGGAGUUCAAGUUCCAGUUAAAUGGGUUACUUGGUUCAAAGCGGCCAGUUUACCUGCGAUAGCAUCCCUUCUAGUUACUCCAUUUAUGGUUUAUAAGAUUUCCCCUCCAGAAACGAAGCACACACCCGAUGCUCCUGUCAUGGCCACUAACAAGCUAGCGCAGAUGGGUCCUGUCAGUAAAAAUGAAUGGAUAAUGCUUGCGACCAUGCUUCUCUUGGUAGCGUUAUGGAUUGCUGGAGAUACACUAGGCGUGGCAAAUGUUGUUUCUGCAAUGUUGGGGCUAUCAGUCCUUCUGCUAUUGGGAGUACUUGACUGGGAUGAUUGCUUAAGUGAAAAGUCGGCAUGGGAUACCUUGAUCUGGUUUGGGGUUUUAGUGGGUAUGGCAAACCAACUGACCAAACAUGGUAUUAUACCGUGGAUUGCUGAUUCUGUUGGAAGCUCUAUCCGAUCAAUGUCAUUGAGUUGGCCUGCGGCAUUUUUCAUCCUUCAGCCAACCUACUUUUUUAUUCACUAUCUGUUUGCGAGUCAGACUGCACACGUAGGAGCGCUGUACUCUGCUUUUCUUGCAAUGCACUUGGCAUCUAAAGUUCCUGGUCUGCUGGCUGCCCUUGCUUUGGCAUUCAAUACAAAUCUUUUCGGCGCGCUAACACAUUAUAGCAGUGGUCAGGCUGCUGUAUAUUAUGGAGCGGGUUAUGUAAAACUACUAGAUAUACUGAAACUGGGGAUUUUAAUGGCCAUCAUCAACAUUACAAUAUGGGGAUUAGUUGGUUCACUCUGGUGGAAGAUUUUGGGCUUUUACUGAGGUUAACUAUGUAAUUUUUCGUUAUUUUUUGUAGAUGUACUGAUCAUCCAAGGAGAUUGUAAGUGUCAGUUUUUUUACAAAAGAAAAAAGAAAGAAAUGAAGGAAAUUUGUCUGUCA